UCAUAUAUGUUAGUCAUGACAAUAAUGUCACGCUCUUCAUGUCUUGCUCUUGUUUUGUUGUGUCUUUACAACCUCUCUUUCUUAGAAGCUUUCAACAAUGGCUUUAGUGCGGAGAUGAUCCAUCGUGACUCGUCAAAAUCACCAUUCUAUCAACCCACAGAAACUCAAAUUCAGCGAGUUGCUAAUGCUGUGCGUCGUUCCAUUGACCGUGCCAAUCAUUUCAACCAACAUUUUGUCAAUCCAAACAAAGUUCAAUCCCCUAUAACAUUACUAUAUGAUGGUGACUACCUCUUGAGCUAUUUAGCUGGAACCCCACCAUUCCCAGUUUAUGGUAUUCUUGAUACAGGUAGUGACAUGGUUUCAUUGCAAUGUCAACUUUGUGCAACAUGUUACAAUGACACUGGUCCAAUGUUUGAUCCUUCAUAUUCUAAAACAUACAAAAACCUUCCUUGCUCUUCUACCACAUGUCAAUUAGUGAAAGGUACUACCUGCUCCUCUGAUAAAAGGAAAAAUUGUGAAUAUACUCAAAACUAUAAGGAUGGAUCACAUUCACAAGGAGAUCUUAGUGUGGAGACCCUUACUUUGGGUUCCACCAAUGGCUCUUUUGUCACAUUUCCUAGAACUGUGAUAGGAUGCAUACGCAACACUAAUUUGUCCUUUGAUACCACUGGCAUAGUUGGCCUGGGAAGUGGACCCAUGUCUCUCAUAUCCCAAUUGAGUUCUUCAAUUGGUGGAAAGUUUUCAUAUUGUUUGGCACCAACAUCUAUCAUGUCUAGCAAACUCAAUUUGGGAGAUGUUGCUGUGGUUUCUGGGGAUGGAGUUGUCUCAACCCCAAUAGUACUUCGACAUGGACAAACAUUUUACUACCUAACUUUGGAAGCAUUCAGUGUGGGAAACAAAAGGAUAGAGUUUGGAAGCUCCUCAUUUGGAUCAAGUGGAAAGGGAAACAUCAUAAUUGACUCAGCUACAACAUUCACUCUUUUGCCACAUGAUGUCUACUCAAAGUUGGAAUCAGCAGUAGUAGAUGUUGUUAAGUUAGAGCGUGUUGUGGAUCCACUUAAACAGUUCAAACUUUGUUAUAAAAGUACAUUUGUUAAACUAGAUAUACCAGUGAUUGUGGCACAUUUUAAUGGUGCGGACAUCAAGUUAAAUGCUAUCAACACCUUUAUUGUAGCAGGCGAUGGAGUAGUUUGUUUGGCUUUCUUGCCAAGUCAAACUGGUGCUAUUUUUGGGAACUUGGCUCAACAAAACUUCUUAGUUGGCUAUGACCUCCAAAAGAAAAUAAUCUCCUUUAAGCCCACCGAUUGCACUAAGCAGUGAUUGAUUGUUUUUUUUUUUUCUAAGUCUAAGUCAUGGAUUAAUA